AUGGAUCAAAAUCAACAUUUGAGUCAGACAACAGAGGCACAAUGUUCAGAGAAAAAGAAAACUAGAUGCUGCGAUAAAUUCAAGCUAUUCUUGGCUGCCCUGUCAUUUGCCUACAUAUGUAAGACAAUUGGUGGAAGCACUAUGAAAAGUUUCAUCACUCAAAUAGAAAAGAGAUUUGAUAUAUCCGCUACUCUUUCUGGUUUAAUUGAUGGAAGUUUUGAAAUUGGAAAUGUUUUUGUGAUUGUAUUUGUAAGUUAUUUUGGAUCCAAACUACACAGACCAAAGAUAAUUGGAAUUGGUUGUUUCAUUAUGGGAGCUGGCAGUGUUUUGACUGCUUUACCACAUUUCUUCAUGGGAUAUUACAGAUAUUCUAAAGAAACCUUUAUCAAUUCAUCAGGAAAUUCAACAUCAAGCUUAUCCACCUGUUUAAUUAAUCAAGCUUUAUCAAUCAAUAGAACAUCACUUGAUUCAGUAGAAAAAGGUUGUGGAAAGGAAGAUGGAUCACACAUGUGGGUCUAUGUCCUCAUGGGAAAUGUGCUUCGGGGCAUAGGGGAAGCCCCCGUAGUACCAUUGGGGGUUUCUUACAUUGAUGAUUUUGCUAAAGAAGGACAUUCGUCUUUGUAUGUAGGUGGUUUGAGUGCAGUAGCAAUGAUUGGUUCAAUCAUUGGUUUUACACUGGGAUCUCUGUUUGCUAAAUUGUACGUGGAUAUUGGAUAUGUAGAUUUGAGCACAAUUAGAAUAACUCCUAAUGACUCUCGUUGGGUUGGUGCUUGGUGGCUUGGUUUCCUAUUGUGUGGACUGCUAUCCUUUAUUUCUUCCAUACCAUUCUUUUUUUUACCAUCAAAUAUCAAUAAACCACAGAAAGAAAGGGAAACUUCAAUAUCAUCACAUGUAUUCAAAACCAAUGAAGAAAGGAAUACAACAGAAAAUUUGACCAGCCAUGGAAAAAAUGAUACUGAAAAUGUGACUGGGUUUUUCCAGUCUUUGAAAAGCAUCCUUACCAAUGCCCCAUAUGUCAUGCUUUUGUUUUCGACAUUGGUACACUUCAGCAGCUUUAUUGGUAGUUUUACUUAUAUCUUCAAAUACUUACAACAACAAUAUAAUCAGUCAGCAUCUCAGAUUAACUUUUUGUUGGGAAUCUUAGCUUUACCUACUAUUGCCACUGGACUGUUUUUAGGAGGAUAUAUCAUUAAGAAAUUCAAGUUGACUUUAGUUGGAACUGCCAAAUUCGCGCUUUAUUCUUCUGUAAUGUCCUGGUUCUUUCAACUAAUAUAUUUUGCUCUAGUCUGUGAAAGCAAACCAGUCGCUGGCCUAACUUUGACCUAUGAUAGAAAUAAUCCAGUGGCAUCUCAUAUAGAUGUACCAUUUUCUUAUUGCAACUCAGACUGCAAUUGUGAUGUAAAUCAAUGGGAACCGGUCUGUGGAAACAAUGGAAUAACAUACAUGUCACCUUGUCUAGCAGGAUGCAAGUCUUCAAGUGGCAAUACAAAGCCUAUAGUAUUCUAUAGCUGUAGUUGUGUGGAAGUAACUGGUUCCCAGAACAAAAAUUACUCAGCCCAUUUGGGUGAAUGCUCAAGAGAUGACACUUGCACAAGGAAAUUUUACAUUUAUGUUGCAGUGCAAGUCUUGAAUUUUUUUUUCUUUGCAACUGGAUGCACCCCAUGUGCCAUGAUGAUUAUUAAGAUUGUUCCACCUGAAUUGAAGUCACUUGCAGUGGGUUUCCAUGCACUGGUUAUACGAACAGUAGGAGGAAUUCUAUCUCCAAUAUAUUUUGGUAGUCUGAUUGAUAUAACAUGUAUGAAGUGGUUCACCAAUAGCUGUGGUGCAAGAGGGUCUUGUAGGAUAUAUAAUUCCACAUUAUUUGGAAGGGUCUACUUGGGCUUGACUUCAAGUUUGAGUUUUUUGGCACUUCUUUUUUUUAUUAUAUCAAUUUUCUCUAUAAAGAAAAAAUAUCAAGGAAAGGAUAUCAAUGCAUCAGAAAAUGAAAGAAAAGAAAUGAAUGAAACACAUUUAUAA